CAGACGAUUUUUCAAUUUAUCAUUUUGAAUGAUAAAUUUUAGUUGAAUGUGGUGAUUAAUGUUGUGAUGAGUGUUGUGUUGAUUGUGGUGCCAAUGUGGUGCCAAUUUCACAGUGGUGUUCAAACCAAUGUUCAAACACAGAAUAAGGAAUGUAACACUAUCUAUUCUGUUGUUCAAAUGCCAAACGUACUUUUCGAAGCAGACGAUGAGCGAAGUUUGUGCGAUAGAAAGUGUGCCAGAAGUCGACGAAGAUAUUCCAAGGUUAUCCUCAGAUACGCUUGCUAUUUUGAAUGAGUUCUACCGCGAACAAGAAGAAAAAAUGCAAACCGAGGAAAGUGGUGAUAUUUCAGAAAAUUGGCAAUUAAGUCAAUUUUGGUACGAUGAUCACACUGCUACAGUUUUAGCUCAAGAAGUUUUAGAGAUCAGUAAUGGAGGAAGAAUUGGUUGUUUAUGUGCUCCGACUUUGUUCAAGAAGCUACGAGAAGUGAAACCAAAAAAUUUUAAUGGUGAAAUUUGUCUAUUCGAAUACGACAAGCGUUUUGCUGUUUUUGGAGAUAAUUAUAUAUUCUACGACUACAAGGAUCCAUUAACGUUUCCAUCUUAUGUUCGAGAAAAUUCCUUCGACGUCAUUUUCGCCGACCCGCCAUUCCUUAACAAAGAAUGCAUGGAGAAAGUUUGCAAAAGUGUGAACUUUUUAAAGAAAGACAAAGUCAUCCUUUGCACAGGUGUACAGAUGCAAGACACCGUGUGGAACCUUUUUGAAGCAAAACCCUCUCUGUUCGUUCCUCGGCACGAGAAAAAUCUCAUGAACGCUUUUCGAUGUUUUACAAACUAUGAAAGUAGAUUGAACUCCGUGAUUUUUUAACUUAUGCUCACAGCUAAAGAUACAAGGCGAGGUAAAACGAAAGGACAUUCUAUGCCAUUAAACGUGUUAUUACUUAAGAUCACAGUGUAAAGAAUAAACAUUAGCAUCACUUCGCUGCGCUACUUA